AUGAACAAGCACAAAUGUGGAAAUUUAUCAUCUUUAUCUUCACAAUCUUUAAAGCAAUCAAAGAUUGCUUCCUAUGCUUCAAAUUCACCACAAUCUGCUAAACUUAAAGAAUGUGAAAGAAAUAAAAUAAAGAAUUUAUUGGUUGAAUGGGUAUGCACUGAUAUUCGACCUUUUUCAAUCAUUAACGACAAUGGUUUACAUUCUCUUGUUCAAGAGUGUUCAAGAUAUGGAAAUAUUUCUGUUGAUCAUGUUUUAUAUAGUGCUCAUAGUACGUCUUUACAUGUUGCUAAAUUAGCUGAUGAAUAUCGAUUGAAAAUUCGACAAGAAUUAAUCGAACCUUUAGAUAAUCAAGCUGUAACUGUAUGUCCAGAUUUAUGGACAGAUCCAUAUCGGCAAAUUUCUUACUUAGGUAUAUCUGUAUGUUUUACUAAUAGUCAAUAUCAAUUUUUCACGUAUGAUCUUUGUUGUUCUCCAUUUGUUGAAAACAAUAAAACUGCUUCAAGUAUUAUUGCUGCUAUUAAAAAAGCUCUUGAACCUUUUGGAAUCACAGAUUUAACAAAACUCAAUUUUGUUUCAGACCGUGGUGCAAAUCUAGUCAAGGCACUUAAACCAUAUUCAACUAUGAAUUGUGUUGCUCAUCGAUUUAAUAAUGUUGUUAAAGCCAGUUUUUACCAAACAGUACGAAAAAAACGUACAAAUAAUAAAACUGUUCCAUGCCAAUCUCAAAGACUUGAAUUAACAUCCUCAUCUGAUUCAGAAAGUGAUAUUGAAGUUGAUGAAGGUCAAUAUGUGAAUAAUGGUGAUGAACAAGAAAAUAAAGGUGUUGGUGGUGAUAAAGUUAGUGGUGAUAAAAAUGGUUGUGAUAAAGGUGUUCGAUGUGCAACAUCAUCAUGCAUAAUUGAUUAUUCCACCAUUAAAUUAUCUGAUAUUCCAUCAGCUGCAUUAAAUAUUCUUAAUAUGAUUCGAUCGUGCAAAUCAUUGGUUAGAUAUGUGAAGAAGGUGAGACACAAGCAACUAAUUCUAGCGGUAAAACAUGAGAAAAGAUAUGGGACAUUUUCAGCAAGUCUUGUAAAUAUACGUAAUAUACUUGAUUGUAAAUAUAAAUGCAGUUGA